AUGAAUUAUCUGUUCGUUAACAUAUUUGCUAUCCUCUGCGCUCUAUUCAUGGGCAUCAACGCCAUUCCAGUUCACGAGCUGCUCGAGGACUCGGCCAAGCUUGACAAGUUUAUGCGGCGCUACACCAGCCCAACAGUGAUCUAUCCUGCCAACAUGACCAUGGACCGCAUGGCUAGGUUUCUUAUGAUCCUUAACGUUCAGCCAAACCCAGAUCCGGAUGUUAUCAAGGAGAAUGUUGCCAUCGAUGCAACGUACGUCUCUUUGACCGAAGACAACCCAGAACUGCAUCAAAUUCUGCCGUGGGCGGGGACUCGCUACCGGGUUGGUCCGCAGGCUUUCAUCGACACCUUCACGCGGGUAGGAUUGUGGUGGAGCCGCGGCCCUUUCAAUGUCCAGUCCAUCUUCACCGACGGUGAGGGCAACUUUACGGCCUGGGGCAAUUUCGAGAUCACCUCCAACACCCUGGGAAAAAGCAUCUCCUCGCCCUGGUCUUGCCGCGCCGAGUUCAAUGACGCCGGCUUAAUCAGUUACUUCCAAUACAUGGAAGACACCUUUGCCACAACGUCGACGUUCUGGGCGGAUGGGAAGAAGGAGUUCUGUGCAAACCCGCUAGGGGGCUGCGUGUGGUUCUAA